GCCGCAUUCCAGCCCGGAGCGCAGCGCUCAGAGGCGGAGCGGCGCUCCGUGCUCCGUUUCCUCUCAGAUCCGGUUCUUCUCCGGCGGCUGUCGGUACUGCGGAUGCGCAGAGGACUGCCGUAGAGGCACUCGGACACCAGCAGAAGCGUCCCGGUUCCCGCUCCGCGCCGGAUCCACGUUUGACGUCAUGAGCAGAUGGUGGACGCUGGUCGGCGCUCUGGCCGGGCUGCUCGCCGUGUCCGGUGGGGCUCACGGAGUUUGUGUCUCCGAGGGAUUGCUGCACACGAACAACACGUCGUGGAGGCCACAGCCUUGCCAAGAGUGCACCUGCUACAGUGACCUGACCGUCUGCAGGCAGAUCCACUGUUCGAACCCGCACUGCGACUUCCAGAAGGGUCAGCAGCUGAGGAUCCUCCCCAAUCAGUGCUGUCCAGAGUGUGUCUCCUUGUCCCAGGACUCCUGCCAGUAUGAGGGAAAAACGUAUGGCCAUGACAGCCAGUGGAGCCCUUCGCCCUGUUCCGUCUGCGUUUGCUCCAAGGGGCGUGUCUCCUGCACUCUGCUCCCCUGUCCCCACGUCACCUGUCCUAGGAACCAGAGUUUGACUGAGUGCUGUCCAAAGUGUGGCCGCAGUGGAGAGUCCUGCUCCUGGGAAGGCAGCACCUACUGGGAGGGCGAGGAGUGGACCCCCAACCCCUGCUCCAGAUGUGUCUGUCGGGAAGGCAAGGCCCGGUGUUCAGUGGUGGAAUGUCAGCCGGUGGUCUGCAGACCUCAUGAGAACCUGCUGAUCCAGCCGGGCCGCUGCUGUCCUCAGUGUGUGUCCAACCCGUGUCUGUCUGCCGGAAAACAGCACCAGCAUGGCGAGCAGUGGCAGAAGGACGACUGCACCACCUGUGUGUGUGAACGGGGCAAGUCCAAAUGCCACACAAACACCUGCCCCCACACUAAGUGUGACAAGGGUGAGGCCAAAGUGAGGCGUGACGGUCGGUGCUGUGAGGAGUGCGUUCCUGCCACGGGAAGCUGCCUGUACCAGGAUGCAGUCCGUUACCAUGGAGACAUGUGGAACGUCACAGGCUGCCAGUUCUGUACCUGUAACCAGGGGCAGGUCGUCUGUCGGACGGCCGAGUGCGGACGCGUUGAAUGCCCCCAGGAACUGGAGCUUGUUCACCUGCCGGGAAAGUGCUGCCCCGAGUGCUCACCGCGCAAAGCUGACUGCCUGCACCAAGGGAAGUCCUACAAGGACUCGGCUCGCUGGACGGAUGGCCGCUGUCGGGACUGCCAGUGCAAAGAUGCCCAGGUGACUUGUUAUCUGAGCACCUGUCCCACUUGCCCUCCAGGUACCUUAGCCAUCCUCCAGGAAGGCCGGAGCUGCCCCGACUGCCAGCAGGCUCCGUGCCAUGAAGACUGCCUGACGUGUUCGGACGCUCCGGAUAACUGUGAGAGCUGCCGGGACCCUAAAGCCCUUCUGCAUCGGGGCCGCUGUCUGUCCGUCUGCCCAGCUGGCUUCCACGCCGAAGGACGAGUCUGCGAAGCCUGCCCCCCUUUUUGUGCCACCUGCUGGAGCCGGUGGGACUGCCAGACCUGUGGCCCCCAGCGCCCCCUCCUGAGCUGGGACAGCAGUCAGUGUCUGGCGUUCUGUCCUCCUGGGUCGUACCAAAACAACGGUGCCCACUGUCGCCGCUGCCACGAGUCCUGUGCCGAGUGCCACGGUCCCGGCCUGCAGGACUGUACCUCGUGUUCGGAUCCAGCUGCUCUGCUGAGGGACGGGGAGUGCGUCCCAGACUGCGGUGCCGGGUUCUACAGUCAAGAUGGGGUUUGCUACGCUUGUGACUCGUCCUGCGCCUCCUGUUUCCCCAACAAUCCCACAUGCAUGAGCUGCCCUCCAGGAGCUGCUUUGCAUCAUGGGAAAUGCGUCACUCAAUGUCCCCCUCGGCAUUACCAGGACGACCACAGCAGAUGCAGAGGCUGCUACAGCUCCUGCGCCUCCUGCUGGGGUCCUUCCAUGUCCCAGUGCACGUCCUGUCCAAGUGGACGUCUCCUUCACCAGGGCCAGUGUGUGGAGGCCUGUGGGGAGGGACUGUACAACCAGGACAGCACCUGCCAAAAUUGUCAUCCCUCCUGCCGUUCCUGUGUGGGACCUCUGGCCUCGGAAUGCCUCUGCUGCCAGAAGGCAGAGGAGGUGCUGCAGCCAGCAUCCCGCCACCUGGAGAGCGGCGUCUGCACGGCGGGAUGUGCAGCACACACAUUCCUGGACGAACGGCGCACAUGCAGAGACUGUCAUCCGUCCUGUGGGGACUGCACCGGACCGUCUGCAGGGAACUGCUCGUCCUGCUCUCCUCCGCUCGGCCUCCUCCACGGGAGCUGCCUCCUCUCCUGCCCUCAAGGCUUCUUCAUGCAGGACAACCAGUGCCGAGCGUGCCAUCCGUCCUGUCAGACAUGCUCCGGUCCGUCCCAGGCCGACUGCAUUUCCUGCGCUCCACUGACCUCCCUGCACAGCGGCUACUGCAGAACCAGCUGCCAGGAGGGGCUUUUCCUGGAUCCCAGCAGUGGGGAGUGCCGCAGCUGCAGCUCAGACUGCCAGCGCUGCACGGCAGACCUGCAGACCGGUGUCGGCAGCGUCUGUCUGUGGUGCUCGGCAGACGGAGAUUGGCUGCUGGGGGAUCACUGCGUCUCCCGCUGUCCGGCGGGUCGCUUCGGCCUCCGUGGAGCCUGCAUGGAAUGUCACUCCUCAUGUGAGACCUGCAAUGGGGCGGGGCCUCUCUCUUGUACUUCCUGUCCCCCUGACAAAGUUCUGUUGCCCUCGGGUCUCUGUGCUCCCAAAUGCCCUGUGGGCUACUAUGACAAUGGUCAUGGGACCUGCCAGGCAUGUGACAGCCAGUGUCUGUCAUGUGACAUGGGCGGAGUCUGUACGUCCUGCCGUGACCCUGCAAAGGUGCUGAUGUUUGGGGAAUGCCAGUAUGACAGCUGUGCCCAUCAGUACUACCUCAACACCACCACCCGCGCCUGCCAAGAAUGCGACUGGAGCUGCAACGCCUGCAGAGGUCCUCUGCGCAGCGACUGCCUGCAGUGCAUGGAGGGCCACGUGCUGCAGGAUGGAGUGUGCACGCAGGCCUGCUCCUCUGGCUCUUUUCGGGAUGGAGACAGAUGUGUGGGCUGUGACGAUCACUGUCUGCGGUGUCAGGGGCCCGGACGCUGUCUGCAGUGCCAGCCCCCCUAUGCCAUCCUGCAGGGACAGUGUGUGCUUGAAUGUGGCAGGAACCACUUCCUGGACCCCUCCUCAAAAGUCUGCAAGUCCUGCUCACCGGACUGUGUGCUGUGUGACGGGGCCGGCCGCUGCACAGCGUGUGCCCAUCACAUGUUCCUCAUGGAAGGGUAUUGCACCCCCGACUGUGGAAGUGGAUAUUCUCCUGACCCCAGGACCAGAGUGUGCCGUGGGAACGACCACGGCCCCGUCCUCCGAGUGAACGGUUCCCUGCUGGUUCCCCUGGACGGGGGGGCCGCGCUGCUGCCCAGCCUGCUGCCGGUGAGGGGGGCGGGUGUUGGUUUGGAGCGGCUGGUCCUGCAGCUCGCUGACCCUCCGACAAACGGACGCCUGUUCAUGGAGGAGGUGGGGGCGAGGGGGCGUGACCUGAAGAGGGACGACACCUUCACAUGGACACAGCUCAGACUGGGACGGGUCCGGUUCCGACACCACAGAGACGAGGCCCGGACUGGUGAGUUCUCCUUACGUGUUGCUGCUCCCCAGAUGUUCCCUCAGCUGGCAACCAUUCCAGUUCAAGCCGUGUCGAUGCAGCCCCCCAGGGUGGUGACGCUUGCUCCUCUGUCUGUGGGGGGCCGCGGCAGCCCAGCAACAAUUUCUAAGCUGGUUCUGCAUGUUGAAGACCCGGACAACCCCGCUGAAGUCUUGGUCAUGGUCCUCGUGUCGCCACGUCACGGACGGCUGACCCGUCUCCGUGGCGAUCGUGCACUGAGUCGGUUCAAGCUGGAGGAGCUGUCCGGGGAGCAGAUCCAGUACCUCCAUGACGGCUCGGAGCAUGUGGAGGACCACAUGGUGCUGCAGGUCAAUGACGGCCACAACUACAGGAACAUCCUGCUGCAGGUCCAUGUCGCUCAGAGGUCUGAAAUACUGUCCCAACCAAAAACCUGGGUACGGGAAGGGGGGAUGGUGCGGCUUGACGAGAAAUACCUGCAGGCGGGGCAGAAAGGAGUCAGCACUGGUGAGCUUGUCUACAGCAUCCUGGCUGCAGAGGGACAACCCAGAUAUGGUGAGGUGGUCUUGGUGUCCAUGCCUGCCGACAGUCCACCGGGUGGCUGGCAGCCCUCGCUGGUGGAUGAGCGAGGCUUCACACACACAACCUCUUUCACCCAGCAGGAUGUGAACGAUGGCGCCGUCUGGUACCGCCACUUUGGUUCUGGUCACAACAGCGACUCCUUCCAGUUCCAGGUGACCUCAGAGGUUUCUCCUCUCGCACACAGCGAUGCUCAGACUUUUACCAUCGGGGUCCUUCCUCAAACUCCAGGGUUCCCCCAGCUGGCCCCCGACUGCGACCUCCAGAUCACAGCUCUGGAGGAUCGUGUCACAGAGAUUACCCCGUCAGCCUUGUCCUUCACCGACACUGAGACUCCCAGCGAGAAGCUUCAGUACAACAUCACCAAACCUCUGCUGUCAGCACAAGGGACCAUUGAGCACCGGGACAGACCAUACACAGCCGUGAUGCGUUUCACACAGGCGGACGUGGACAAUGGAAAGAUCAUUUACAGGCCCCCCCCAGCUCCAGCUCAUCUCCAGGAGCUCUACCAGUACUCCUUUAUUGGCCUGCCGGAGUCCCUGAGCGUUUAUUUCACAGUGUCAGACGGGGAACACACCACCCCUGAGAUGGACUUUGCUGUCCUCCUGCUUUCAAACCACCAGCAGCCGCCAGUAUUUCAGGUUCUGGAUCCGGUUCUGGAGGUCAGCCUUGGGGGGCAAGCCAGCAUAGGUGGGCAACAUCUGGCUGUGAGCGAUGCUGACACGCCCCCCGAUGAGCUGGAGUUUGAGCUGGUGGAGGCUCCGACCGACGGACAGCUGAUCAGAGCUCAGCAGGAAACCCCCCUGAGCCACGGUGACACCUUUAGCUUCAGCGAUGUCACCCGCAACAUUCUUCUGUACCGCCACGCCGGGCUCUCCGCUGAAGAUGACUCCAUGACCUUUUCAGUCAGUGAUGGCAUCUCCAUGGCAACCACUGUGGUGCAGGUGCAGGUGCUGAGGGAUGGGGGCCUCGGGCCACAGCGGGACGCCACGGCCUCGAUGAUAUUAGAAGUGGGCGAGAAGAGCAGCACGGUGAUCCGGCGGUCCCAGCUUUCCUAUAGUGACGACACCUCCUCCGAUGAGCAGAUCGUCCUUCAGCUGGUGUCCGCGCCGAUGUACGGCAUCUUGACCAGGAGCCAAGCCCAGCAGGAGCCCCGGGAGUUGAGGGAGUACUCCUCCUUCACUAUGGAGGACAUCGACAUGCACAGAAUCAGGUACGUCACCUCGUUAGAGACGGGGAACCAGCCGGUGACGGACGUCUUCCAUUUCUUCGUCCACGACGAGCAAAACAACCGCCUUGACAACCAGAUGUUCACCAUAACCAUCACUCCCACAUCUCGCCAGGCGCCGCUGGUCACCGUGCACAGCGGCAUCAAGGUGCAGGAAGGCGGCCGUUUGCAGCUCUCCACCAAUCACAUCUCAAUAGGUGGACAGGACACACCCACAAAGGACCUCUUUGUUUGGCUUAUCCGUCCCCCCAAAUACGGCUUCAUUGAAAAUACCAAGAGAGGUGGUCUGUUGGGGGACUCUCAAGUCAUCACCCCAGACUCGCCUUUUCCUGUGGAGGAUCUGCUGUCUGAGCACAUCUUCUACGUUCAGGACAACCAAAGGAAAGCUCCCAACCAGCAGGACGUCUUUAGCUUUUACAUCAGUGACGGGCAAAGCCAGACAGAGGCCUUUAAUGUGGAGAUAAACAUCCAGAGUAAAGAGAACAGUGAGCUGAUAAUGUCGGCCAACAGCAUCCAUGUGGAGGAAAAGUCUGGAGUUGUCAUCACCAACUCUUCUCUGAGCGUCCUCGCCAAAGACACGCCGGAGAACGACAUCCUCUUCACCAUCAUCAGGAUUCCCACCUAUGGAAAACUGCGCAGACGGCAGUUCUACUCGCAGCCACUGGAGAAAGGCCGCGUGCUGUCUCAGGGGUCCACCUUCACCUACCAGGACAUUUUGGACCAGCUGCUGGUCUACACACCCGACACGGUCAAUGUGGGUUCCGAUGAAAUGGGUUUCAGCCUCACAAACGGCGUCCACACCCGCACAGGCCGCCUGCACUUCACCAUGGACGCGAGGCGCAGCGAGGGGCCCCGCAUGACCGUCAACAGAGGCUUGCAGCUUCCAGCAGGAUCGACAUCUGGCAUCACAGAACAAAACCUGAAGGGCUCCGACAUCGACUCAGACAGCGUGAAGCUGCGGUACGUCCUGACCAAAGACCCGCCCGCCGGCACACUGCUGCUCAGCAGGAACGGCCGAGCCCAGGCGCUUUCUGUCAAAGGUCCCAUUCAGAGCUUCACCCAGGAGGACGUCAACGCAGGUCUGCUGCAAUACCGCCACGAGAAAGGAGAGAAGGGGGGCAGCCUGUCCUUCAUGUUUAACCUGGUCGAUCCUGAAGGCAACAAACUGAUCGAUCAGUCCUUCUUCAUCAGCGUACUCGAGGAUCGUCUCCCCCCCUCUGUGGGGGUCAACAAAGGCCUGGUCCUCGAUGAAAACUCCAUGAAGAAACUGACCACCAUGCAGCUGUCAGCCAGUGACCAGGACAGCGAGCCCAGCGAGCUCGUCUACCGCAUCACCAAGCAGACCAGUCUGGGUCACCUGGAACACGCAGCCAAUCCAGGCACCAGGAUCAGCUCGUUCACACAGGCGGAUCUGGCGUCACGCAGCAUCCAGUACGUCCACACCAGUGAGGAAGAGAAGCAUGCAGACCAGUUCUCCUUCACUGUGUCUGACGGCACCAAUGAGGUGGCUCAGACCUUCUACAUCACCAUCAAGCCGGUGGACGACUCACUGCCUCUGCUUCAGGUCCCGGGCAUGAGGGUGCAGGAGGGCGUGAGGAAGACUAUCACCGAGUUUGAGCUGAAAGCCACUGAUGUGGACACAGAGGCGGACUCCAUCACCUUCACCAUUGUCCAGCCCCCUCGCCACGGCACCGUUGAACGCACCAGCAACGGGCAGCACUACAGACAAACCAGCAGCUUCACCAUGGAGGACAUCUACCAAAACCACAUCAGCUACAACCACGAUGGCUCCAACUCGCUCAAAGACCGCUUUACCUUCACGUUGACCGAUAGCACCAACCUUCUCUUCAUGGUGGAGGAAGGCGGCAAAGAGAUUGUGACAGCUGCUCCUCAAAAGUUCAAAAUUGAAAUUUUGCCGGUUGAUGACGGGACGCCUCGAAUCGUCACCAAUCUGGGACUGCAGUGGCUGGAGUACAUGGACUCCAAGGCCACCAACCUCAUCACCAAGAAAGAGCUGCUGACCAUGGACCCUGACACGGAGGAUGGACAGCUGGUGUACGAGGUUACCACAGCGCCUAAGAAAGGCUUCCUGGAGAGCAAACUAAGACCUGGAAGCCCCAUCAGCACCUUCACACAAGCCGACGUCAACCUUGGUCUGAUCCGCUACGUGCUGCAUGAGGAGAACAUCCUAGAUACAAUGGAUAACUUCAAGUUCCUGGUCAAAGACAGCAAACCCAACGUGGUCAGUGACAACGUCUUCCACAUCCAGUGGUCCCUCAUCAGCUUUCAGCAUAGGAGCUACAACGUGAGUGAGAAGGCCGGCACCGUAGCUGUGACCGUGAAGCGUACCGGCAAUCUCAACCAGUACGCCAUUGUGCUGUGCCGCACUGAGCAGGGCAGUGCUGUUUCCAGCAGCGGCUCUGGAUCCCGGCUGGACCAGCAGGAUUAUGUGGAGUAUGCUGGACAGGUUCAGUUUGAUGAGCGCGAAGACACCAAGGUGUGCAACAUCAUCAUCAACGACGACAAGCAGUUUGAAGGGAUGGAGAGCUUCCACGUGGAGCUGAGCAUGCCGGUGUACGCCCUGCUGGGCAGGAACACUCGGGCUGCGGUUCACAUCAACGACACCGAAGACGAGCCCACUCUGCAGUUUGACAAGAAGACCUACCACGUCAACGAAAGCAGCGGUGUCUUCGCCGCCCCCGUGGAGAGGACAGGGGACACCUCCAGCACCGUGUCGGCCCUUUGCUACACCGUGGCCCGGUCCGCUCAGGGCAGCAGCCUUCACGCUCUGGAGUCCGGCUCGGACUUCAAGAGCCGCGGCAUGGGCACGGACAGCCGCGUCAUCCUGGGGCCCGGCGUCAGCAUGUCCACCUGUGACGUGAAGCUCAUCGAUGACAGCGAGUACGAGCUGUCAGAAGAGUUUGAGCUGGUGCUGUCAGAUGUGUCCGAAAACGCUCGAGUGGGAGAUGUGGUCGUGGCCAAGGUGGUCAUCGACGGGCCCAACGAUGCAUCGACGGUGUCGCUGGGGAACGCCACCUUUACUUUCAGCGAGGACGCUGGCACCAUAGAGAUUCCAGUGCUGCGACAUGGCAGUGACCUGUCCUCUCUGACCUCUGUGUGGUGUGCCACCAGACCCUCAGACCCCCCUUCAGCCAGCCCGGGGGUCGACUACAUCCCCAGUUCCAAGAAGGUGGAGUUUAAAGCAGGAAGAACUGUGGAGACUUGCAGCCUGACCAUCAUGGACGACAUCCAGAGCCCUGCCAUCGAGGGGGCCGAGUCCUUCGUGGUGUUUCUCAGUUCCCCUCAGGGCGCUGUCCUCCAGGAGCCCUAUGAAGCCAGCGUGGUCAUCAGCGACACCUUCCAGGACAUUCCCAGCAUGCAGUUUGAGAAGAGUCUCUACACAGUAAAGGAGAAGGACGGCAUCCUCCACGUCCCCAUUAUCCGGACUGGUGACCUGUCCUUCAGGUCGUCGGUGCGCUGCUUUACCCGAACCAUGUCCGCCGCGGUGAUGGACGACUUUGAGGAAAGAAGGAACACGGACGAGUCAAGAAUCACUUUCCUGAAAGGAGAAAAGGUGAAAAACUGCACUCUUCACAUCAGCGACGACUCGGUUUUCGAGCCUGACGAGGACUUCCAGCUGCAUCUGGGGACACCUCUGGGUGACCACUGGAGCGGUGCCAUGGUGGGCCUCAAUGACAUCGUCACCAUCACCAUCACCAAUGAUGAAGAUGCUCCCACCAUCCAGUUUGAGCAGGCGUCAUACCAGGUCAGAGAGCCCCCCGGUCCUGAUGGUGUUGAGGUGCUCAGCAUCAAGGUGAUCCGCCAGGGGGAUCUGGAUCGAACAUCCAAAAUCCGCUGUAGCACCCGGGACGGCUCAGCCCAGUCCGGACUUGACUACAACCCAAAGAGCCGGGUUCUCAAAUUUAGUCCGGGAAUGGACCACGCCCUGUUUCAAGUGGAGGUUCUGUCUAACGAGGACAGGGAGUGGCACGAGUCCUUCUCCCUUGUUCUUGGCCCUGAUGACCCUGUGGAGGCAAUGCUUGGGGAGAUCUCCAUGGCAACAGUGACCAUCCUGGACCAGGAGGCUGCAGGCAGUCUGAUCCUUCCUGCCCCACCUAUAGUGGUCUCUCUGGCUGACUAUGAUCACGUACUGGAGGUAACCAAAGAGGGCAGUAAGAGGACCCCCCCUCCAGGUUACCCUCUGGUGUGUGUCACGCCCUGCGACUCCCACCACCCCAAGUACUCGGUGAUGAAGGAGCUCUGUGAGGAAGCGGGGAUCAACCAAACGGAGGUGCACUUCUCCUGGGAAGUGGCAGCCCCCACCGACACCAGCGGGGCACGCUCCCCCUUUGAGACCGUGACUGACACCACGCCCUACACCAGCGUCAACCACAAGGUUCUGGACAGCAUUUAUUUCAGCCGCCGCUUCCACGUGCGCUGUGUGGCUCAGGCCCGGGAUAAAGCAGGUCAUUUGGGAACCCCGCUCCGGAGCAACAUCGCCACAAUCAGCACAGAGGGCUCAAUUUGCCACACUCCUGUGACCACGGGGAGUGCCAGAGGCUUCCAGGCUCAGUCCUUCAUCGCCACACUAAAAUAUCUGGAUGUGAAGCACAAGGAGCAUCCCAACCGGAUCCACAUCUCAGUGCAGAUCCCUCAUCAGGACGGCAUGCUCCCCCUGGUGUCCACCAUGCCUCUGCACAACCUGCACUUCCUGCUGUCCGAGUCCAUCUACAGGCAGCAGCAUGUCUGCUCCAACCUGGUCACCGUCAAGGAGCUGCAAGGCCUGUCCGAGACCGGCUUCCUGGACGAUGUCUCCUUUGACCGCCUCUCUCUGGGACCGGGCUUUGACCGCCCGCACCAGUUUAACCCCAACGUCCGCGAGGCCAAGACCAUCCGGCUCUACAAGCACCUGAACCUGAAAAGCUGCAUCUGGACCUUUGACGCCUACUAUGACAUGACGGGGCUCAUUGAUGUGUGCGGGGGCUCCGUCACUGCAGACUUCCAGGUCCGGGACUCGGCUCAGUCCUUCCUGACGGUCCACGUUCCUCUGCACGUGUCGUACAUCUAUGUGACGGCGCCGCGCGGCUGGGCGUCUCUGGAGCACCACACCGAGAUGGAGUUCUCCUUCUUCUACGACACAGUUCUGUGGAGAACAGGUAUCCAGACCGACAGCGUGCUCUCAGCCCGGCUGCAGAUCAUCCGCAUCUUCAUCAGAGAGGACGGACGGCUGGUCAUCGAGUUUAAGACUCACGCCAAGUUCAGAGGUCAGUUUGUUCCCGAGCACCACACCCUACCGGGUCACACGUCCCGUCUGAUGGCUCCUGACCACCUGGGAGGCAUCGAGUUCCACCUGAAGCUGCUGUGGAGCGCUCAGACCUUCGACUCGCCGUACCAGCUGUGGAGAGCCACCAGCUCCUACAGCAGGAAGGACUACUCCGGAGAGUACACGGUCUUCCUGAUUCCCUGCACCGUCCAGCCCACUCAGCCCUGGAUCGACCCCGGCGACAAGGCCUUGUCCUGCACCGCACAUGCUCCAGAGAAGUUUUUGGUUCCAAUCGCGUUCCAGCAGACCAACCGGCCCGUUCCCGUGGUUUACUCCCUCAACACGGAGUUCCAGCUGUGCAACAACGACAAGGUCUUCCUCAUGAAUCCAGCCUCUGCUGAGGUCUCCAUGGCUGAGAUGGACUACAAGGGAGCCUUCUCCAUGGGCCAGACGCUGUAUGGCAGGGUGAUGUGGAACCCCGAGCAGAACCUGAAUGCAGCCUACAAACUGCAGCUGGAGAAGGUUUACCUGUGCACAGGCCGGGACGGACACGUGCCCUUCUUUGACCCCACAGGAACGCUGUACAACGAGGGCCCGCAGUACGGCUGCAUCCAGCCCAACAAGCAUCUGAAGCAUCGCUUCCUGCUGCUGGAUCGCAAACAGCCGGACGUCUGCGACAGGUUUUUCCACGACGUUCCUUUCCAGGCGGAAUUUGCCUCAGACGUGCCGGCGCUGCAGUCCAUGACCACCAUGCCGGGGGUUGACGGCUUCACCAUGAAGGUGGACGCGCUUUACAAGGUGGAGGCGGGGCACCAGUGGUACCUGCAGGUGAUCUACGUGAUCAGCCCAGAGUCGCACUCCAAUCCCAGAAUUCAACGCUCCGUGACCUCUCUGCUGAGCCGCUCUAAACGUGACCUGGUAGACCGCAGCGGGCGGCUGAUGCUGGACGAGUCCCUCAUCUACGACAAUGAGGGCGACCAGGUGAAGAACGGCACCAACAUGAAGUCUCUCCACCUGGAGGAGCUCCCCUCUGCCACCUUCAACGCCCACCUGGGCAGCUCGGUGGGCGGGGGAGUGGCAGCCAUCACGCUGCUGGUCCUGGCCCUGCUGGCUUCCUGUUUCCUGUUCCGCCGCUGCCGCCACUCCGCCAAGAGCAAGAGCUCCCAAAAACCCUACCAGGAGUAUCCCCUCAACACCAAGAUGGAGGUGUGCAUGGACAAGUGUGUGGAGAAGAACUUCAGCAGCAAGCACUGCACGGUGAGGAACAUCAACAUCAACCAGGACGCCGGCAGACACACCAAAGUCAAACAGGUCAACCUAGAGGUCAAGCUCCACAACAACCUGAAUGACGGCACCGAGGUCUGAGGCAGGAGAGACGGAGGGAAAGUCUCAGCUCCGGAAAGACGUUCUUCCACGGGACAAAGCCGCUCAGGAAUCCACGACCUUCAGGCCGCUCCACUUCAUGCUCAGCUCUGCUGCAUGUCUCUGACAGCAAACAUGUCACUGCUGUCAAGGUUUCCAGAGCUCCUCCUCUUCAUCACGCUGAAGAUGCAGCUCCUCAUCCUCACGCCUGCUGCCACCACAAACCAAACACGUCUGUCAGCUCCGCCUUUCAAAGUUAAUCACUGUGACUUCACAGGCAGCAGUUCUCUGGAUUUCUGCGCCUGGUGUUUGUUUUCAGCUCAAAGGAGGCCUCAGAGCAUCAGAGGGCUGUUUCUAAAGAAAGCUCUUCCUCCUCAGCUGUUCAUCCGUCCAGAGCGUGGAAAGCUGAACACACGUGACCUUCACGUCAAGUCUCUAAUGUUUGAUGGCGUUCCUCUCUUCUCCGAUCAAGAACAAAGGUGUCAGAGGUGGAAUGAGCCGGAUCAAAGACCAAAAAGCUUCAAGUGCGAUUACUGUUCUUCAUGAGCAUCAGCUCUGCUCCAGUCCUCAGCCUUACUGUGGUGCUUAGCAAACACAUCUGUCUCCUCUGCAGUAGAGGAUCCAUAGUGUGUUUGUGGGGAGUCAGGCGUGUUCGGGCCGAGCAGAACCGCAUGAACAGAACCACGGGUUUACCUGCUGGACUCCAUCACAGCUGGGUUUCCGCCCCCAAAAGACGCAGUCCUCAAAUGUUUUUGGUGUUCUUCUGUGUGAUGUUAGAGCCAGACUACUGUCGGACUGGAAGGUGGUUUUUCUACACUGUUUGGAAGCACUGCAAUGACUAAAUGACGUCUUCACUUGUGUCUUUCUGUUUGGACCUCCACCCCUUCAACUGUGUGCCUGUGGGACAAGGACGGGGGACUGUGGGACAGGACAAUAUUAUUAUUUUGUGGGGAUAAAUCAAUGCCAAGCCUGCCUGUAUCUGGUGCCUUUUUUUUUAAUAAUAAACUUUUUUCUGAAAUAAAAAAA